AGAUUUUAAUUUUUAUAUAAAAUUAGGACAUUUAGUGCAUUUAUAUUAAAAAUUUUAUUUCAAUUAUUAAUAAUUUCAUAGUUUAACUAUUAGAUGUGUUAUAUAUUAUUAUUUAUUUAUUUAUUAAAUAUUUACAACCAUUAGAUAUAUUUAAUGAUCAAGACCAGAGAAAGAAAUUAGUGUAUUCAAUGCACUAAGAAAAUGAGUACACCAGCGAAGCCACUAUAGAUCGCCAAAUUCCGGCAAUAGCUGGUUGUCUUCUUCUACAUUUGUUUGAUUUUGAAAUCCUAGCUUUCUCAGCUGCUAGGUUUCGUUUUCUCUCACAUGCCCUAAUACGAUAAUGUUUUCUCUCUUGAUAAUAAAAUAUGAUAAUAAUAAUAAAAGGUCAGCUUUGAAGACGAGUUGGAGUACAAAUAUAAGUCGAUAAUCGAGUCCAAUUGGACAAGAACCUCCGAUGACCAAUCUCGUUGUUCAAGUGCCAACGAAACUGAACUACAACUCUGCCAAGUGCCAACGCAUACAACAUUUUAGUAUGUAGGUAUUUAACUCUUGUAGAGCUUAGAAUUGUGAGCUUUACAUAUAGAUCCAUUAACUCCACAAUGAAAACUUACAAAGUAACAAGUCUCCUUAUUAUAUUAUACGGUGUAAAAUGUCACUUAGUCAUAGUCAAGGAUCGGAUUGUAAUUGUCCAAUCGUUCGUGUCCGUGUAGUAGUUGUCUCUCCUUUCAUUUGCUUAGUCGUCAAGCAAGUCUCAGUCGUAAAGACUAGGGUUGUCAAUUCUAAUUGUAUAGGUAGCAAGUUCAGCUUGAAGUCGAUCAUCAAGUCAUCAAUCAAUAAAGUCAUAGUCGAGAGCUCUUUGGAGUUCUCCAUGGAUUAGUAUUGUUCACAUCGAACAGGGAUACCACUUAAAAUUUCCGUGUUGUGUGAUUGUUUUAUUCCGUGUUGUCGAUUUUCACAUAGUAUCAUAUCCUCGUUUUAAGUGAUCCAAGUUCCAUCUCCACAUGGCAUUAGAUCCUGGUUGUGUUAUUAUUUUAUGUCGUGUUGUCGAUUUUUUGUCUUGAUACGUUGACCGCCUGUCCUAGGGUUUCUCUGUCACGGUUGGUGAUACGCAAGAACUCGCUGGUGCUUCUGGCGUUGAUGAAAGACGGUCCAAACCCUUCCUAACCAUAUUUCCUAUACCCAUCGGAUCAACUUGGACAUGUGUUUGUAGGUGAGUUACUCAUCAAGUCGAACUACGAAGAGUGGGAAUUUGAUAUGCGCCAAGCACUUUUGGCAAAAAAUAAAUUAGGUUUUGUCGCUGGAAAACUCAUCAAGGUCGAAGCAAAAUGGCAGCAAAACACAUGGGUGCGUUGUAAUGCCAUGGACAUCGGGUGGCUAAAGAACUCGUUGUCGCGAUAAGUUUGUCUAACCAUGCGUUUUGCUGAAACCGCACAACAAAUAUGGUUUGAUCUAAAGAAGCGCUUUGGCAUGGGGAGUCUAGCACGUUUGUUCAGCAUCGUCGAUCCACAUCUCUUCAUCAACAAGAGAAAGCGAGUGUAUCUGCCUUCUACACAAAACUUUGCAGCCUCUGGGAUGGGAUUCAAGCAAUCUCUUCAACACCCAAGUGCACCUGCAGUCUCUACACUUGUGGAAUCGAGAAAUGGAGGCGUAUACUGAAGACAACAACAGGCUCUUUUAUUUUUUUUAUCGGUUUAGAUGUCUUCAAUAUAGUAUGUAGUCAAGUUCUAUCCAUGAAGCCCACACGGAAUCUUGGUAAAGCUUAUCAAAUGGUGAGCAAUGAUGAGCAACAAUGCAUGAUUACAAAUAGUCGUCGACCAAAGGUCGAAGAUGCACCAUUGCAUGCUCAAGUAAAACCCGAGGCCAAUGCAAUCAAAAUCGAGAUUUUAAGUAAAAUCGAAAACUGAGGUAAAAUCGGAAUCGUAUAUUAAAAUCAUAAGAUUCUAUGGUUCGUAUUAAAAUGAACACUUAAUAUCCAUAGAGUAAUAACAAUGCAUGUCCUGUACAACAUUCAACCACAUAUUUCCAAUAUAAGUUUGUUUGUUAAAUAAACACAAAUAAUAACUAAGAGUAGAAAAUCACAUAAGAUUGUUAGGAUCAACAUUAACAUCUCUUACAUAUCCUCACCCUCACUCACAUCCUCAUAGAAUACUUAUCUAUUUGCUUGAGCAAUCAUAUCAUUAUUCUUAGGAUCACUUGAAGUAAGGUCACCAUUGAACAUAUUUCAUUAAUAACCAUCAUCUGGAAAAGGUAACUCAUUGAUUGAUGCAUUCCCUUCUUGAUCGAUAAAAGGUCGGGGAUGGUGGUACAGAAGGUUUCGGAGAUGAACGAAAGCUCGCAAGGGAAUGGGGUUGGGCUAAUUGCGAGUGUGGUGAGGAACAAACUCUAAGCUAAUUGUGGGGGUGAAGGAAAUCGUUGAUGGAAGGGGUUGGGUGUCGGCAAGUGGAAGAGGAAGAGAUGAUGAAGAGAACAAAUAUAAAUUGAGGGUCACCUAUCGGUUUAGGGUUAUGUUGUUCAUGAUGUUGGGUUGGGGGAAGUGAGUGACCCAGUUCAUGGGAAAAAUCCGACCUGACUAGCUUGAUUUUGCUCCAAUUGACAUGAACUUUAAAAUCAUAAAAAAAACAUAAAAAUUAUAGAUUUUAAGGAUUUUACAGUUUUAAAUCGAGAUUUUAUGGGAUUUUAAGUUUCAAAAAUUUUGUAGUAAAAUCAGGAUCGAAACCCAUAGGUAAGAUCGCAAAAUCGUAAGAUUUUAAGAUUAAAAUCGGGAUUUGGACUACAUUGCCCACGGAUAAGGCCCAAAAGGAGCUCCCUUCGUCAACAAAUUGCAAGGAGACAUGUUAUGGGAUAAUUGGGUACUUCAAGGAGUCAUGUUAUGAGAUAAUUGGGAGGCCAACAUAAUCAAAUGGGGGGAUAAAUCAACAAGUUGGUCAAGGCUGACAUGGAAAGUGUGGUCAUGGUUGUGGGAACCAAUUUUGGUCUCUGCUCAAGUCGAAUCCAAUGAGAGCAACGUUCUGGUUCUGAAAGCAGCUCAACUCAAGCAGAUGAAAGCUUUCUUGACUACCAAAACUGAAUCCCCCAGUGACUCCCCACUGUCAAUAUGGCAGGUACGGAUCCUCCCGCUCUUGACCUUAACCUUGCCGGUACUAAACUUGUCUUUUCGGCUUAGUACCUCGUUGGCUCCAUACUUAGCCAAAUUUCAUACUUGGUUACCAGGCCUGCCUUGCCGCCUUGGUACCCUCUUGGCUCUAUACUUAGUCGAUUUUGUAUCUUGUUACCAAGUCUGCAUUGUCGGCUUGGUUCCCUCUUGGCUAACUACCAGGUAUGCCUUGUUUUCAUACUUAGUCAAAUUUCAUGUCUUGGUAUCAAGCCUAGCUACCUUAAUGGCUAGGUACCCUGUUGGCUCCAUAUUUAGCCAAAUUUUAUGUCUCCGUAUCAAGUCUACCUUAUCAUCUUGGUACCCUCUUAGCUGGCUACGAAACAUAUUUUAUCUCAAUGCUUAAUUUUUUUAGAGCCAUAUUGCAUACCAAUGUAGAGGAGGCAUCGCCUGGGCUAUGGGGGUGGUCGGCCACUAGGACAGGGAUAUGGAGUUUGGAAACUUAGGCCCAAAAUCUAUCCUAAUAAGGUCCAGCUAUCUCA